AUGUUUCCAGGACUCGUCGACGAAUUGCCCCUAAGUGAUAUUUUGAGGCUGUGUCUUGCUUCGCUUGUCCAGCACGCUGAUUUUUUAGUGAACCACUUGCCUACCAACCACCCCCUUCUGUCGACGUUUGUGUUCACAAACCCUACCGUUCUCAACAAUCUGCGUUCGAAACUGGAGGUCGGAGAGUCGAGAUGGAUGGAGCCGUCGGGGAUACCGCCUCAUAUUGAGCUGUACAAGAAGCUCGACAAACAGCAACAGUCUAUAGAUGCUCUCCCCGAAAUGCUUGAACAGCGAAUGGAAAAGGUGCUCGAGGAAAAAGAUGUUGCCGCGGGUAAUAUUACUCGGAAACGUUUACGCCAAGAAAUUAAAGCGCUCUUGCUGGAGGUGGGGCUUCGUCGCACUAGCUCUACAGAACCAACACCAGCCUCUUCUGGUCCAACGCACACCUACUACUCAUGGGGUGGUAAGUUUCAUAGGCUGCCGAAAGAAUUUGAAUUUCCCAGUAUUGAUCCACUCGGCGCGUGGAUAUUGUGGUGGUUUGGCGAUGCGAGACGUGGCUAUCCUCCGUACAAAGCUAUUUCCUCGGACGAUCUCGACACGCCAAAGAAGAAAGCGACUUUGGCGGAGUGGUCUAUCAUGAUGAGGCACAUAAGUAACGCAGUUGAAGCACAAGCAGGCAUGUCACUACCU